AUGAAUACACGCUUGUACAGUACUUACCGCCGCGUGCGGCGCGCCUCUAUGCAUGUGUAUGCAGGAGUGAACUCGGUGGCGAUCACCGGCGACACCAAGGACCGGCUGGAGGUGGUAGGAGAAAGCAUCGACAUCGCCUGCCUGAUCAAUCACCUGCGCAAGAAGGUCUGCCGCGCCGACAUCGUUGUGGUGGAGGAUUGGAGGAAGCGAAGGACAAGAAGAAGGAAGAAGAAGAGAAGAAGAAGGUGGAAGAAGAGCUCAAGAAGCUCCACUACGCCAGAAAAGCGCAAAGGAGACACAUCCACUAGAGACGGUCAUCUGUAA